GAUGGAAGCAGCAAAAAUUUACUUGGAUUACAAUGCUACGACCCCAGUAGCUCCCGAAGUUGUUGAAGUUGUUUCCCAUAGCUUAAAGGACCUUUGGGGCAACCCAAGCAGCUCGCAUGAAUAUGGUUUCAAAGCAAAAGAAGCUAUUGCAAAGUCGAGAAAUGAGCUAGCUAAAAUGAUAGGAGCGACAUCUCAUGAAAUUAUUUUCACUUCUGGUGGAACUGAAGCAAAUAAUAUGGUCAUUGAAAGUAUAACGAAGCUGUAUACGAACGCGCAUAUUAUUACAACUACACUUGAACAUCCGUCUAUAAAACAACCUUUGGAACACGUCCCUGAAAGCAUAUCAGUGUCGUAUAUCUCAGCUAAAGAACAAAGUGGGUGUGCCGUUGACGUUGAAGAUGUUAUUUCAGCAAUAAGGCCGAACACAAAAUUAGUCAGCAUUAUGUUAGCAAACAACGAAACUGGAGUAAUUCAACCAAUUAGAGAGAUAGCUAAUGCUGUUAAGCAAUUAAAUCCUAAAAUUCUCGUUCAUACCGAUGCUGCUCAAGCCAUUGGAAAAAUUCCUGUUAAUGUUAACAAUUUGAAUGUUGAUCUUUUGACCAUAGUUGGUCAUAAGUUUUAUGGUCCUCGUAAUGGGGCGUUAUACAUUCGCUCAGGAUGCAAAAUACUACCUUUAAUGUAUGGUGGUAAUCAAGAAUCAACCUUAAGAUCAGGAACAGAAAAUACUCCAAUGAUAGUCGGUCUAGGAGAGGCCGCCAGAUUAGUAAACUGUAACCUUAAGUCAUACAGCACAAAAUAUGCAACAGUUAGAGAUUAUAUGGAGGAAAAGCUAAAGGAAUUGCCGAAUGUUAUUAUUAAUGGACAGAGUGAUGUGAGAGAACGUUUACCAAAUACUUGUAAUGUGUCAUUUCUUGGAUUCAAUGGUAGGGAAAUAUUGAAAAAGUGUCAAGUUACGUUGGCCAGCACAGGCGCAGCAUGCCAUUCUAGUGAAACGAAAGUUUCAUCUAUUUUGUUGGCAUCGGGGAUACCAAAAGAGAGAGCCGCGGGAGCAGUGAGAUUAAGUAUAGGGAGGGAGACAACCUUUUCUGACAUUGAUAUUGUAGUGAAAGAGCUAAAAGAAAUUGUUUCUAAAUAA